AUGAGGAGAUUGCACGUGAGGACUGUGCUAUCGCUCAUCUUUAUCAUUUUACACAAUGCUCCACGUUUAGGGUUCGUCAUCGCCAGGACAAUGAACUACCAUAAUCCAAGUUUUUUCAAGAUCGGCGGCGUCCUCUCCAACAACGAGAGUAAAGCGCACUUCGGGAAAACGGUCGACCAUCUCAAUUUCGAUUUCCAAUAUGUCAAUAAAGGGGUCACAUAUAAGCAUACAGUAAUCGAAAUGGAUUCCAAUCCGAUCAGAACCGCACUGAGCGUUUGCAAAUCCUUGAUAGCUGAACAGGUGUACGCGGUAGUGGUAUCGCAUCCCCUUAUCGGCGAUUUGUCACCGGCUGCGGUUUCCUAUACCAGCGGCUUUUAUCACAUACCCGUAAUCGGUAUAUCGUCCAGGGACUCCGCUUUUUCGGACAAAAAUAUCCACGUCUCAUUUUUACGUACUGUACCGCCGUAUUCGCAUCAGGCGGACGUCUGGGUGGAAUUGCUGAAGCAUUUCAACUACAUGAAGAUCAUCUUCAUCCAUAGCUCCGACACGGACGGUCGCGCGCUCCUCGGACGUUUUCAGACGACGUCGCAAAAUUUGGAGGCCGACGUAGAAAUCAAAGUGCUCGUUGAAUCGGUUAUUGAAUUCGAACCGGGAUUGAACAGCUUUAUGGACCAAUUGAUAGAGAUGAAGAGCGCACAGUCGAGAGUUUGCCUCAUGUACGCUUCGAAAACGGACGCGAAAGUGAUUUUCAAAGAUGCUGCCGCUCUGAAUAUGACCGGUGCCGGAUACGUGUGGAUUGUUACCGAGCAGGCACUGGAUGCACCAAACGCGCCAGAGGGUUUAUUAGGAUUAAAAUUAAUCAACGCCACUCAAGAAAAAUUACACAUCACCGACAGUCUACACGUACUCGUAUCCGCAUUACGAGCGAUGAAUGAAACGGAAAAGAUCACCGAGGCGCCAAAGGACUGCAGCGAUUCUGGUUCCAUAUGGGAAACUGGCAAGAACCUCUUCCAGUACAUUCGUAAGCAGGUACGACCGCAGGGUGCGACGGGUCGAGUAGCAUUCGAUGACAAUGGUGAUCGCAUAUUCGCCGAAUAUGACAUAGUCAACAUCCAGUAUGCGAGUCCAAACAAUAAGACGCAAGUGUCUGUUGGCCAGUAUUUUUAUCCCGCUAACGGUACCAAGAUGAAGUUGCGAGUGAACGAGUUCAGCAUCAUAUGGCCGGGUCGUGUAAAAAUCAAACCCGAGGGUUUUAUGAUACCCACGCAUCUAAAGGUGCUGACAAUCGAGGAAAAGCCAUUCGUUUACGUUCGCGAAUUGGACGACGGAGAGGUCAAGUGCAUGGCCGAAGAGAUUGCGUGUCCUCAUUUCAACACGACGGACGACGAAAGCAAGCGAUUUUGUUGUAAAGGAUACUGUAUGGAUUUAUUGAAGGAAUUGUCAAAAACGAUCAAUUUUACAUACAGCUUGGCUCUGUCGCCCGAUGGACAAUUCGGCAGCUACGUGAUUAAAAACAGUUCAAUCGGAGGAAAGAAAGAAUGGACCGGUCUUAUCGGUGAGUUAGUGAACGAACAGGCCGACAUGAUCGUCGCGCCGUUGACAAUCAAUCCCGAACGUGCUGAAUUUAUCGAAUUCAGCAAACCUUUUAAAUAUCAAGGCAUCACUAUUCUUGAAAAGAAGCCUUCGAGAUCGUCUACCCUGGUUUCCUUCUUACAACCGUUCAGCAACACCCUUUGGAUUCUGGUGAUGGUGUCGGUACAUGUAGUGGCACUGGUUCUGUAUCUGCUCGAUCGAUUUUCACCCUUCGGCAGAUUCAAAUUAGCCAACACCGACGGCACCGAGGAAGACGCUCUCAAUCUAUCCAGUGCUAUCUGGUUCGCCUGGGGUGUAUUGUUAAAUAGCGGUAUAGGAGAAGGUACUCCGCGGAGUUUUUCCGCGCGCGUAUUAGGAAUGGUGUGGGCCGGAUUCGCUAUGAUCAUUGUCGCAUCGUACACCGCCAAUUUGGCCGCGUUCCUCGUUUUGGAACGACCCAAGACUAAGCUCACCGGCAUCAACGACGCUCGACUCAGAAAUACGAUGGAGAACUUGACGUGCGCGACAGUGAAGGGAUCCGCCGUAGAUAUGUAUUUCAGACGCCAGGUAGAAUUGUCCAAUAUGUAUCGCACGAUGGAGGCGAAUAAUUAUGAUACCGCAGAAGACGCGAUUCGCGAUAUUAAAAUUGGAAAAUUAAUGGCCUUCAUCUGGGAUAGCUCGCGAUUGGAAUUUGAAGCAGCUCAAGAUUGCGAGUUGGUGACGGCUGGCGAACUAUUUGGCCGUUCGGGUUACGGGAUCGGUUUGCAGAAAGGGUCACCGUGGGCGGAUGCCGUGACAUUGGCGAUCUUAGAUUUUCACGAAAGUGGUUUUAUGGAGAGCCUCGAUAAUCUCUGGAUCUUACACGGUAACCUGCAACAAUGCGAACAGUUUGAGAAAACUCCAAACACUCUCGGUCUGGAGAACAUGGCGGGGGUCUUCAUCGUUGUCGGCGUCGGUAUUGGUGGUGGAGUCGGUCUAAUCAUAAUCGAGAUGGUAUACAAGAAACAUCAAAUACGUAAGCAGAGAAAGAUGGAACUAGCAAGACACGCUGCCGACAAGUGGCGAGGGAUGAUUGAGAAACGGAAAACUCUGCGAGCGUCAAUCCAAAGCUGCCAGCGAAGGAUCCAGAGCAAUGGCUUGAACGAUCCCGCGACGGUGAGCUUAGCGGUCGAUACGGUUGCUAGGACAAACGUAGGCUCACGUAGCCCAGGUCGUGCCUGGCCAGGUGACAGCGACCUGAGACAACGGCCAAUCUCCCGCUCCGACGAUAUUCGAUUGUCGCCAGCCGCCUAUACCGCCGACGUGUCGCAUCUCAUAGUUUAAUCUCUCACAUAUUAAUUUGUAGUUUUUUACCGAAUAAGACGUAUUGUGUCGUGUGACCGCUUCCAGUAGAUUAUUACAAUAAGAUCUUUCCUCAUUAGCGAAAUAUGAUCGCAAGGACAUAUUUAAAACGGCGGAUGUAUUUAAAAUAAUUAAUCAUCUGCUUGUUAGAUAUUUAUAGAAGAUUGUGAUGGAGUAUCUUAAGAAAAUCUGAUGAAAUAUAUUUAUUGGAUUGUUGCAUAAAAAAUGUUGGUUUGUAUAAACUGUUGGUUUUGUGUAAAUAAUUUUCAAAUAAUUUUUGAGAACAUAAAAUAUAUAUGUAAUUAAAAAAUUUGAUAAUAUUUUUUAUAUCUAUUCUCAUAUUCACAUCUAAAUUUUUGAUUCACUUAAUGCUAAAAUGUGAGGAAGUUUGUUUAAAAAUCAGCAUUGGAUUUUACUUGCUGUAUAACAAGAACGAGAAUAACAAUUACUUUUUGUCGUACUUUUAUAACAAGAAAACAACAUUUUGCAUUCUUACAUAUAUAUAUAUUUAUUGUGGUCAUCACUGCGUAAUGUUGCCAAUUGUAAAAAUAUGUUGAAAUAUAAUUAAUCUUUGUUUCACAUAAGGUUUCACUUAAGACCUAAU